UGGGGGUAGGAGUUUAUUAAUUAAUUAAUUUAUUUUUGCUGUGUUGGGUCUUCAUUUCUGUGCGAGGGCUUUCUCUAGUUGUGGCAAGCGGGGGCCACUCUUCAUCGCAGUGCGCGGGCCUCUCACUGUCACGGCUUCUCUUGUUGUGGAGCACAGGCUCCAGACGCGCAGGCUCAGUAGUUGUGGCUCACGGGCCCAGUUGCUCCGCGGCAUGUGGGAUCCUCCCAGACCAGGGCUCGAACCCGUGUCCCCUGCAUCGGCAGGCAGACUCUCAACCACUGCGCCAUCAGGGAAGCCCCAUGGCCUUCUUUUAAUAUCGUUUCUUUAUCAUUGUUGGAUGUGUUAUCACUCCCUAUGGACUGGGAGCACCUUGGGAGUCAUGGUUUUUGCUCUUUUUCUCCUCCAUCUCCUCCAGGGUGUCUGUGCAGUUUCCGUCCCAACCCUGCCCAGGCUAAGUAAGAACACAGACAGCUUGUGAGCUGCUCCCAACCAGUCAGGCGGUGUGUUUGCUUGUGUGCAAUGCUUUUAUUGCCCCAUGAAUAGAAGUAGGUCACCCCUUAGAGACCUACCUAAGGUCUGCCUUCAGCAUUGUCUCCUGCUCUUGGCUGCAGGGUGUGUGUCCUUGCUGGUGACAGUCCAGCACACGGAGCGCUAUGUCACCCUGUUUGCCUCCGUCGUUCUCAAAUGUGACUACACCACCUCUGCCCAGCUCCAGGAUGUGGUGGUGACGUGGCGCUUCAAGUCCUUCUGCAAGGACCCCAUCUUUGAUUACUACUCUGCAUCAUACCAGGCGGCUUUAUCCCUGGGCCAGGACCCAUCCAAUGACUGCAAUGACAGCCAGCGGGAGGUGCGCAUCGUGGCCCAGAGGCGGGGGCAGAACGAGCCCGUGCUGGGGGUGGAUUACCGGCAGCGCAAGAUCACCAUCCAGAACCGAGCAGAUCUUGUGAUUAAUGAAGUGAUGUGGUGGGACCAUGGAGUGUAUUAUUGCACCAUUGAGGCUCCAGGGGACACGUCAGGAGACCCAGAUAAGGAAGUGAAGCUCAUUGUCCUGCACUGGCUGACAGUGAUCUUGAUCAUCCUGGGGGCCCUCCUUCUGCUCCUGCUGAUUGGAGUGUGCUGGUGCCAGUGCUGUCCUCAGUACUGCUGCUGCUACGUCCGCUGCCCCUGCUGUCCCGACCGCUGCUGCUGCCCCGAGGAAGCCAUGGCCCACCAACGCAACAUGAAGCAGGCUCAGGCCCUAGGCCCUCAGAUGAUCGAAAAACCCCUGUACUGGGGGGCGGACAGGAGCUCCCAGUUUUCAUCUUAUCCAAUGAAUCCACUGCUGCAGCAAGAUUUGUCCCUGCGAUCCAGCCUCCCAGAGAUGACCACCGCUCACCCUCCCAUCACCAACGGUGUCCUAGAGUAUUUGGAGAAAGAGCUGCGGAACCUCAACCCAGCCCAGCCUCUGCCGGCUGACCUCCAAGGCAGAUCUGGCCAUCCCCGCAGCAUGCUGUCCUCCCUGGGCUCUGAGGUCGUGGAACGCAGAAUCAUCCACCUUCCCCCGCUGGUCAGAGACCUGCCGUCUCUGCGGAGGACCAGCAACUCCUCCCACCAGCAGUGGCUCCCCCCGCCUCCCCCCGGACCCUGGGAUCUGAGGGAGGGGAGAAGGCAGCACCGCUACUCUGAUUUCCAGCAGGAGCACCGGGACCGGGAGCCUCAGCGCUGGGCGCUGGAGCAAAGGGAGCUGGGCCGACUGCGGAGCGGAAGGCACCGCAGCUCCAGGCAGCGCGGGUCACCCAUGCCCUGGUCAGACAGGGACAGCCUCAGCGACGGCCCCUCGUCCAGCGAGGCCCGCUGGCCGCCCAACCGCCCCCGUCUCCGCAGCCGCUUCCCAGAGAGAGCCCGCGGGCCCAGCCCCCGGGGCAGCGCUCAGGGACACCAGAGGCGCCGGCACCGCAGCUACUCCCCUCCCCUGCCCUCCGGCCUCAGUUCCUGGAGCUCCGAGGAGGAGGAGGAGGAGAAGGAGAGGCAGCCCCGGAAUUGGGGCCCCCGCCGCCGCCGCCGCCGCUCGCGCUCCCCAAACUGGCCUGAGGAGAAGCCACCCAGUUACCGCUCGCUGGAUGUCACCCCAGGCAAGGAUGGCAGGAAAAAAGGGAGUGUGGAGAGGCGCUCGGAGAGAGAGAGCUCCCAUAGUGGAAGGAGUGUGGUCAUUUAGUCACCAGGCACAACACUGCUUCUGUGGCUACUUCUCAGCUCCUGCAUGUCAUCAGCAUCACCUAGAUUUCCAGCUGACUUGGGAGGGGCCAUUCCAGCUGACUUGAGAUGGACACCGCAAGUUU